AUGAUCGGCGUGCUCCAGUUUCAUCUAGUGGAUCCCUCUGCUGGCUCCUCCCUCAGUGCCACCUCCACUACAGCCGCCUUUUUGAGCCGUAUUUUUGGUCUGAUUGAGUGCUACAAGGCAGAAUUAAAUAUCAAUGCCUACUACAUCAGUCAAACGACUCUGGAACAGGUUUUUGUGAAUCUAGUGCGGCUGCAGAAGGAGCCCGACGAGCCUGUUCCCGAUGGCGUACUUAGUACUGCUUGCCACUGCUGUCUGCAGGCCUUUUGGCCAAACUGCUGUGGACGUGCCCGAGGCCGCUGUAGUCAGUAUCGGUGUUGUUGCCGUCGCAAGUAUCGUCCCGAGGUUGACGAUGGUGGUGUUGGUGGUAGUGAGGACGCUGACGCCGACGAUAGUUCCAUACACAUGUUGCUGUGA